CUGCUAAAUGCAAUACGUCGCCUUCCCACUGCGCAUGCGCACUGUGCAUUCGGCCGGCCGCUGGCACAUGCGCAUUUUCCGAACUGACCGCCGCAUGCGCACUCUACAUGUUUGGAUCCCACAUCAGGAAGGGGCAUGGCAGACAGUGUGCGUUAUGAGGACACCUGCAAUUCCUGACAUGGUGGCUGAGCUACUCUGAGUAAUCCAGGUGUGUGCAGGUCCGUCUGGCACUGUAUAGUGUCACAGUGUAUUAGAGAGCCAGCUAGGAUAUUAGAAAUAUUAGUGUUUGCAAUGUAUAAGGUUCUACUUUGAAUACUAGUUGUAGCCUCAUUUAUGCUCACAGGUGUAGAUUCAUAUCAAUUUAGAAGAGGUGGUUAAUAGUUGUGUGCAAGCUCUCACUUUCUGCAAUUUCAAGGAAUCUUAAGAUUCUACAAUUAAAAAAAAAAGUAUUGAGGGCAGUUCAUUGUUUUUAUUCUCCAGGUGAAGAAAUGUUCAGUUUAUUUUGUAGCAAACAAAUCACAUUUAUGAAAUAUAUGGAAUUGUUAAGUUUACUUGAAUGAAUGUCAACUCAUGUUGUCAGAGAUUUUGACAUUUUUAAUCCGUCACAAAUGUUUGCAGUAACCCGCUGAAGAAGCUACCAUAGGAAUUAAGAGAUGUCACUUUAUUUUGUGACGCACAACCAAUACCACAUAUUAUUUUAGCUAUUUUGUUUUUGUUUAAAUCCAUCAUAACAUUACAAAUAGACAAGGAGGGAUGCUCUAAAGGGAAACUAUAAGCACCUAGACACCCAUCCCCCUUGAUUGUGGCUGUCACUCAGUCACCAGAGGCGCUUCAGAUAGAAUAGCAGUGUAAAACUCUGCUACUUCUAUCAGAUGGUCUCAGAGACCAUGCGCGCUAGCCUCCCAGUGAUUUUCUAUGGGACAGCAUUGGAUUGACCGAGAACUCAGCCAAGUAGAUUGGUGAUAUAAGGAGGAUAAAGGUAUCCUGGCACGGCAUGGCACUAUAGCGUUUGGAAUGCAAACUUGUAUUUCAAUGCUAUAGUGUCACGGUCACCCCAUAUCAAAAAUUAGUAUUUCAUAAAGAUGAAAUCAAAAGUCAAAGAUAUACUGAGAGAAAGUAGGGACUACUUUUUUCUUGGUAUUUUUCCUUCAUUUGACAAAGCUUGACACAAGAUGGAGUUACUGCCAUCAAGCUGAUCAUUUCCUAUUUGUCAUUUGAUUUCUCACCACAUGUAUUGAAGAAAAGAAGUCCACUAUGCAUUUAGGCUCUAAGCAGUGACAGCUGGGAGGUAUGUAAAUAUACAUUAGUUAGAACUGUGUGAACAACCCAGGCUCCAACUCACUUUAUACAGUCCUUUGUGCUUGCUGAAUGCCAGAUAACUAGUAAUACAGUACUAUUGUUCUUGUAAAAUCUACAAAUACUGUUUUCCUAUUCCACUAUUAUAAAAAUGUGAAGUGGGAUCAGUAGAAUGAGUGCACAUCAAAAACAAAUACAAUACAAUACUCUGCCUUUUAUUUUCAUUGCUUUCUUAAAACAGUUGUCAUUGUUAGUGCAUUCCCUUAUGAUGCUCUUUUUCCUUUCUUUCUUUUCUUUUUUCCUUUUUUUCCCUCCAUUAUCUAGUCCAGUGUUUCCCAACCCAGUCCUCAAGGCACACCUACCAGUCCAGGAUUUAGGGAUUACCCAGUUGUGUCUAAGGUGUUUUUACUAAGAAGAAAAAAAACACCUUUGACACAACUGGGUAAUCCCUAAAUCCUGGACUGGUAGGUGUGCCUUGAGGACUGGGUUGGGAAACACUGAUCUAGUCUGUAAUGCAAAAAUCGAUUUUUAAAAGCUUCUUUGUGCUAAAUUUGCAGAGUUAUUUACUAAAGUGAUAAUUCAAAAUUAAUUUCAAAUGAAAGGCCAGAGUAGCUAUACUCAAUCUCAUACGGUAAUUAUAUUGUAUUUAAAGAUGCAAUUCAGCACUAAAACAGUUUGAUGUAUGUUAUAACAUUUCAGCUCAAUAGAAUGCAUUUUUAUUUAUUUUUCAUUCUCGAAAGUGCAUAGUUUUGCAAAAUAUCUAAGGAAUAUUUUGAAAAUCUCUGCACCAUAAUAAGUUUGCAACCUCUGCCCUAUUCUAAAAUAUUUUUUCCUUAACAGCAUAUUUAUAUAGCUUGGCCACUUGCAGCACUGGUUAGUUAGCUGAACGCAGUCAGAACAAGUAAGUAUAUGGCUGUCAUUGUUUGCCUCUCUACACCGGUCUACUAAAUGGCACUUUAAUAGCCUGGAGUUAUGAGUGCACUGGGCUGUGGACACACCGUUUAACCCCUUAAGGACAUGUCAUAAUUCCCUUUUAUUCCAGAAGUUUGGUCCUUAAGGGGUUAAAGUCCUGAGAGAAAUAUAAUUGGCAUAGUGGUUUGCAGUCUGUACAGGUCACAAGUGAAUCUGCUGGUUUUAAAGAAACACUAUAAUGUCAGGAAUACAAACAUGUAUUCCUGACACUGCAGUUCUGAUAUGACUGUUUAGAUCCCUGGCCCAGCUCCGAUUGUGCUUAAAAGGUGUUUAUAUUCGCCUUUCCUUCCACGCUCUACCAGUAUUGCAUUAAGACACUGAACGCCAGUGCAGGACACAGUGCAGCACUGAGAUAGGAAGCACUUUUAGUGGCAGUCUGAGUGACUGCCAUUGGAGGUGUUACUAGGCAGCAAUGUAAACACUGGCUUUUCUCAGGAAAGGCAGUGUUUACAUUAAACCCUUAACGCCGUUACAGCGUUCUAUGCCAUCCCCAUUAUAAUGGGCUUUAAAGCCGUUGCUGGCGGCAUAGAAUGCCGUAACGGCUUUCACCCCCAGGAGCCUGCAACUACUCACCUCCGCCGUGAUCCUCUUCUGGGGGGCUGCCUGACAGCCCAGGCAGCCCUCCCCGGUAAAUGAGGCCCCCUAUAGCUGGCUGUGGAACUGCCAGCAGGAGGACUGUCUGAGCUGUCAGACAGUCCCCCUGCAGGUGGGUAGUGUAAAAACAAAAUAUUAAACUUGCUUUAACCCCUUAACCAUGCUUUUACCCUUUUUUUACUUACCCGGUCACCGGCGAUCCCACGCCGGCGAUCGCGGUUGGGGGGACUCCCAGGGAGCCUCCCAUGGCACAUCCGUCCUCCUGCAGCCCCCCCCCCUCCCCAACCUCACAAUCACAUGGCAGGGUUAGCUUCCUGCUGUAAUGACAGGUAGUCCCCCUGCUGGCUGGAAAUAAAAUAAAUUAAAGUUAAAUCAGUGUAAUAAAAUAAAAUAAUAUAUAUAUAUAUAUAUAUAUAUAUAUCUCAAAUUAGACGUAGACUGAUACUGAUUAAAUAUAUAUAUAUUUAUCUAAUAUAAAAAAAAUAUGUAAAUACAUUAAAAAAUAAAAUAAUUAAAAAUAAAUAUUAAAUAGAUGUAUGUUAUUUCGUUCUAACUGUAUUGUGAUAUAUAUAUAUAUAUAUAUAUAUAUAUAUAUAUAUAUAUAUAUAUACACCUAUAUAUAAAUAAAAAUAUUUAAAAAUUUUUAUAUAUUAAUUCUACAUAUAUAUUUAUGUAAUAUUUUUACAUAAUUAGGUAUCUUAAUUAAUUACAAGCAGGAACUGCCUGACAACCCAUGCCGAAAGUAAAGGGAAUUUAAAUUUCUAGCACUAUAUUUAACCCUAUAACUUUCCAUGACACCAUAAAACCUGUACAUGGGGGGUACUGUUCUACUUGGGAGACGUCGCUGAACACAAAUAUUAGUGUUUGUGACCAAAUGGCUACUAAAAAAGACUGGACAUACCCCAUUUGCAAUACAUUGGGUUGUCUACUAUUGCAAAUGGUAUGCCAUUAUGGGUGUAAAUUUCAUUCCUGGGCUACUAUACAGUCUCAAAGGUAACAUAACCUAUCUGGCGAAUUUCAAAUGUAACGUGCUAUAUUUGACCCUGUAACUUCACAAAACGCCAUAAAACCUGUACAUAGGGGGUACUGUUUUACACGUGAGACUUUGCUGAAUACAGAUAUGUGGAUUUUAUUGCAGUAAAAGCAAACCGUAUUAUGUCAUGUAGUUAAAAUGUCAUGUAGAAUUAAAAAAAUCUUAUAUUCUCCCAUUGUUUUCAUAAUAAAUUAUGUUUCACAGCAAAAUAUUUGAUAUUAAAUGAAAGCCCUGUUUCCCCUGAAUAAAAUGAUAUAUAAUAAGGGUGGGUGCAUUUACUAUGAAAGAGGUGAAUUACGGUUGGACAGACAUGUAGCGCAAAUGCCAGGUUUUGUUUACAUUUUGUUUUGUUCACAACGUGUACAUUUGGCUCAGUCCUUAAGGGGUUAAAAUUAAUUAAAUGUAUGUAUAUAUCUUAUAUAUAUCUUAUAUAUAUAUAUAUAUAUAUGUAUGUAACAUCAUACAUAGUGUAUUUUAAUGUUACUAUAAGUACAUAUAUUAGUAUUAAAAUACACUUAGAAUGACGUUACAUAUAUAUGAUUGAUAUAUAUAUAUCAAUCAUAUAUAUGUAACGUCAUUCUAAGUGUAUUUUAAUACUAAUAUAUGUACUUAUAGUAACAUUAAAAUACACUAUGUAUGUUAUUUUAUUCAUUAUUUUAAUUAUACGUGUGUGUGUAUAUAUAUAUAUAUAUAUAUAUAUAUAUAUAUAUAUAUAUAUAUGUGUGUGUAUAAUUAAAAUAAUGAAUAAAAUAAUUAAAUAAAAAAAAGUUAAAUUAUAUAUAUAUACAUAUACACAUAUGUAAUGUCAUUCUAACUAUUUUGUUAUUAUAUAUAUAUAUAUAUAUAUAUAUAUAUAUAUAUAUAUAUAUAUAUAUAUAUAUGUAUGUAUGUAAUAAAAUACACUUAGAAUGACAUUCUAUAUCUAUCUAUAUAUAAAAUAAAAAAAGCACAUAUAUAUAUAUAUAUAUAUAUAUUUACAUAACUACAUAAGUGUACAAGUAGACUUUAAAUACAUAUGUAUAUAUAUUAAAAUUCUGCGUGUAUAUUUAAGUAAUAUUUUAACAUAAUUAUGUGAUUUAAUUAGUUAAAAUUUGAUUGACAUGCCUGACAACCCAGGCAAAAAGUGCAGAGAAUUUGGAUUGCAAGCACUAUGUUUAACCCUGUAACUUUCCAAGACACCAUAAAACUUGUACAUGGGGGGGGGUACUGUUUACUCGGGAGACUUUGCUGAACACAAAUAUUAAUCUUUCAAAAUGGUAACUUGUAUUACAACAAUGAUAUUUUUAGUAAAAGUGAAUUUUUUUUGAAUUUUUCACACAUGAACAGCACUUUUACUGACGAUAUUGUUGUAAUACAAGUUACCAUUUUGAAACCCUAAUAUUUGUGUUCAGCGAAGUCUCCUAAGUAAAACAGUACCCCACAUGUACAGGUUUUAUGGUGUUUUGGAAAGUUAGAGAGUCAAAUAUAAGGCUUGCCUUUCAUUUUUUUCACAUUGAAAUUUGCCAGAUUGGUUAUGUUGCCUUUUGAGACUGUAUGGUAGCCCAGGAAUAAGAAUUACCCCCAUGAUGGCAUACCAUUUGCAAAGGUAGACAGCCCAAGGUAUUGCAAACGAGGUAUGUCCAGUCAUUUUUAGUAGCCACUUAGUUACAAACACUGGCCAAAUAUUAGUGUUUUGCUUUUUUUCACACAAAAACAAAUAUGAACGCUAGCUUUGGCCAGUGUCUGUGACUAAAUGGCUACUACAAAAGACUGGACAUACCCCACUUGCAAUACCUCAGGUAGUCUACUUUUGCAAAUGGUAUGCCAUCAUGGGGGUAAAUCUCAUUCCUGGGCUACCACACGGUCUCAAAGGUAAUCUGGCAAAUUUCAAUGUGAAAAAACUGAAAAAUGGAAUGUGCUAUAUUUGACCCUUUAACUUUCCAAAACACCGUAAAUACUGUUAAUGGGGGCUACUGUUGUACUUGUGAGACUUCGCUGAACACAAAUAUUAGUGUUUUAAAACAGUAAAAUGUAUUACAACGAUGAUAUCGCCAGUAAAAGUGAAGUUUUUUGCAUUUUUCACGCACAAACAACACUUACACGGACGAUAUAAUUGCUGCGAUACUUUACUUUUGCUGAAUCCCAGGACCACUUUUUUUUUUUUGGACUAUUUUUUUUCUUAUUUAUUAUUAUUACACACUACACACACACUCUAUAUUCACUAUACACACUACACAUACACUGCAUUCACUAUACACACUACACACACACACUCUGAAUUCACUAUACAUACUACACACACACUCUGCAUUCACUUUACGCACACUACCCACACACUGCAUUCACUUUAAACACCACACAAACACACACUCUGCAUUCAUUACAUACACACUACACAAACACUCACUGCAUUCACUAUACAUACUACACAAACACACUCUGCACUCAUUAUAUAUAUAUAUAUAAAUAUACACACUACAUAAAUACACACUGCAUCCACUACACACACACUACACAGUAACACACUGCAUCCACUACAUGUGGCAUGUAUAUUUUGUGCAUUUACUUUUAGAAAUAGUUUAUUUUUUCAAAAUUGUAAAUGUACAGAAUAUCGGCUAUCGGCCUGAAAGUUCACAGAUUAUCGGUAUCAGCUUUUAAAAAAAAUCAAUAUUGGUCGAUCCCUAGCAGCUACAAUACCCAGACCAGCUCUCUUUCAGUUUCUGAUCAGUAUUAAAAAAAAUUUAAAAUCCCAUGAAGUCUCUGACUAAUUACAAAAAUGCACGAAAUCCAUAAAAAAAUUUUUUUUUUAAAGAUUUUCUGUAGAUUCUCUUAAAUACUCUUUUUGCUUCUUCUUUUAUGCAUCAUACACCUUACAAAGUGCUUAAUUUCAAUCUGAAGUACCCUAUCAGUGUAACUGCCAUAAAUCUUUUUUGUUUGUUUUUUCUUCAUUUUUCCCUACAGCACUUAAGAAAUAUGUUGAUGGAGCAAUGUCAUAAUGUUGAGAUUUCGCAGAAGAACAUGUAUUACAUUGGGGAUUUUCAUUUUGUUUGUUUGUUUUAUAAUGAUGGGACUGAAAACCUUGAGGCCUGACUCUGCUGCUUUUGGAAGUCCGUUUGGACUUGGACUUUUACCGAAAUUCCAGAGAGAAGUAGAACACGAUAAAGAACCAGACACUGAAAGCCGUGUCCAAACAGAACCUAGUGCUCAAACACAGUCUAUAACUUUACAAGGAUCUGCAAUCAUGCAGUCAGAUACCGUAGACUUACCACCCCCAAAUUAUGACCUCCAUAUAUUUUAUUAUACUUGGUAUGGAAAUCCACAGUAUGAUGGUAAAUAUAUUCACUGGAAUCACAAACUACUGAAACACUGGGAUGCAAAAAUUGCAAAUAAUUUUCCCAAUGGAGAACACAAACCUCCUGAUGAUAUUGGAGCAAAUUUUUACCCUGAGCUGGGACCAUAUAGUUCCAGAGACCCAUCUGUCAUCGAUGCUCACAUGAAACAAAUGCGGUCAGCUUCUAUAGGUAAAGUGUUUUUAAAAUCAUCUUGUUUUGCAACUGAUUUAUUUUGUUAAUGAUACAAACCUAUAUAGCUUGUGGUCAGUACAUGGAUGUGAAAAUGGUGAAAAACUUUGGCUCUGUUCUGCCAUAGGCUUGAUGUACAUGGAGCACCAAUUUUAAAGGGACACUGUAGGCACCCAGACCACUUCAGCUCAUUGAAGUGGUCUGGGUGCUGUAUCUCUUCUGCACUUAGUGCUGCAAUGUAAAACAUUGCAGUUCCAGAGAACUGCAAUGUUUUUUCAUUGCAGCUCUAAGUCUGCCCUCUGUGGCUGUCUUAACAGACAGCUAGUAGAGGGCUUCCGGAAUCCAAACUGACUUUUGGUCCGUUAUCUGACGCAUGCGCAUUAGGUGUUCCCUGCCAGCUGACAUAGGCGGGGGAGGAGCAUGGGCAGUAAGUGGAACGGGGGUCAAGGGAGGGGGGCACUCCAGGAGCGUAAAGUGCCAGGAAAACUGUUUUUUUUUUUGUUUGUUUUUUUUUUUUUUGUUCCUGGCACUACAGGGUCCCUUUAAAUUAUUUCACUUAAAGUAAGUACAGUAUUAUACAUGUUAAUUAUAAAUUAUUUUUGUUUUUUCUAGUGAGUAUAUUCAGUCCCUACAGGCUUUUUGCAGUAAACACUGUAUUUUCUGAAAAAAAGGAGUGUUUACAUUAGGAGCACCUCCAGUGGCCACUACGCAGCUACUAGAGGUGCUUCCUGGGGCAGUGCUGCACACUGCAUGGAGACAGUGAACUUUCCUCAUAGAGAUGCACGUAUUCAAUGCAUCUCCCUAUGAGGAGUUGCUAAUUGGCUCUGACCUCUGGCCUGCUUCCUUGGCUGAGAUCAUCAGAAUUGACCAUAGCCGGCACUGGCAGACUGGAAAAAAGAUACCCGUAUAUACUCGUGUAUAAGUCGAUCUCAUGUAUAAGUCGAGUGCAGUUUUGUGACCAACAAUUGUGAAAUAUGCUAUGCCUCGUGGAUAAGUCGAGGGUAAAACUUGGGGCUAUGAAAUUCUGUGAUUUUUAUAAUUAUAUACACACACUCAUACUCUGCACACACACUCAUACAAACACACACUCUGCAUUAUAUAUAUACACACACUCAUACAAACACACACUCUGCAUUAUAUAUACACACACACUCAUACAAACACACAUUCUGCAUUAUAUACACACACACUCAUACAAACACACACUGCAUUAUAUACACACACUCUGUGUAUAUAAUGCAGAGUGUGUAUAUAAUGAAGAGUGUGUGUUUGUGUAGUGUGUGUGAACUGGGUGGGGGGAGGGCAUUUUUAUUAUUUUAAUUUUAAUAUAUAUUUUUUUUUAUUUUAAUUUUUUUUUUUUUGUCCCCCCUCCCUGUUUGUUAACCGGUCAGGGAGGGGGGCUAUCUUAAUCCCUGGUGGUCCAGUGGCAUGGGCUGUGAAGUGGGGGGCCGGCAGGAAGCAUUUACUUACUUUUCCUGCAUCUCCUGUCAGCUCCCUUCUCCUCCGUUCCGGUCAGCUCCACUGUAAGUCUCGUGGUCUGGUUGCCGCGCGGAUUGUUGCCACUGCUCUGACGGCCGCGGCUCUCUAAGUUGCCAUAAUACAGACAGUGACUCGAGUAUAAGUCGAGUGGGGGUUUUUAAGCACAAAAAAUGUGCUGAAAAACUAGACUUAUACUCGAGUAUAUACUGUAAGCUUUUACUAUAUUUAGUGUGGCCAAGGGAGGGCUACAUAGUGUUGUGUGUUUUUUUUUUUUUUUUUAACACUAUAAGGUCAGGAAUACAUGUUUGUGUUCCUGACCCUAUAGUUUUUCUUUAACCAUAGAUAAAAUGAAGUGAAAAGAACUGUUUUUAUAACUUUAUUUAAUUUGCUGAUAAAAGAUGACAUGCAAAAGUAAUUAUGUGGUUGCAUUUCAUUGGCUAAAUAUUGUAAAUCAGGGCUUGACAAAUUUGCUUGAAAUCUAGGAGCCAGAUUUUUCAAUGUCAAAAAUACAAUUCUUGAAGGGACACUAUAGUUACCACACCCACUACAGCUUAAUGUAGUUGUUCUGAAGUCUAUAUACGGUCUCUGCACGCUUUUCAAUGUAAACACUGACUUUUCAGACUAAAGGCAGGGUUUACAUUGCUGUCUGGUAACACCUUUAGUGACCGUCACUCAGACAGCCUCUAGAAGUGCUUCCUGGGUCAGUGCUGCACCUACAUUAAUGCUCCUCAUAGGGAUGCAUUGAUUCAAUUGCAUCUCUGUGAUGAGAAGUUGAUUGCGCGGCAUGGCGUUAUGUCGCGCAUGCGCAAUAGUCUCCCAAUGUGUUUUUUUUUUUUUUUUAUGGGGAAGCAUUGGAUUUCUUGAGAUCAUAAAGAUUGAUGAUUUCAGUCUAGGAGUCACCAGCACGCCAUGGGAAAAAGGUGUGUAAAAACACCUUUCCCAUGUACCCCGUGCAGAUCAUCUAAACAUACAGACACACUGACACUUACUGACAGACAUACACACUCAAACACACACACAGUAGCACUCACACUCACUCAAAAAUCAUUACUGUUAUUAUUUUAAAUCCACCCAGCUUCCCUACCGUUUUUGGAAAAGCUGGAGUGGAUUAGCUUUCCCCUGUGGUCCAGUGGGGCUGCUGUGCUCUGCUCUCUAGAGCACUGUUUAGUGAUGCUUGGCCAGAAUGACAUCAUAUUCUGGCUCCUGGAAUCACUGGAGGGCGUGUGAGGGAGCAGAGCAUUGACACUGCAGCUCUCUACCUCGCCGCCGCACUCAAAAUACGGCCCCCCUCACUGAUUCAGCCGCUCGCAGCCCAGCUCCCUCCCUCAGCUCUCUGUGAGUUGAGUCUGUGUGCCCGCCUCAGCCCACUAGUGCACUCAUACUCCAGUCGUCCAGACACAGACUGUUACAGAAACCGGCACAAAACGCCCUCUUCUUACCAAAUGAUCAAGUCAAGGUCCCCAGGGAGUCCCACAUAGAAGUGAUCCUCCAGGUGUGUUGUGGAAUGUGAACAGGGUGAACCCCCAUCUGGUUUCAUGUCUGAAUAUGCGUUGCCAAAACCUCCCUGCAUACAGUGUCAAAUGCUGAAUAGAAUGCUUCUUUCCAGCCUCGCAGGGAGGCUUCUGCUAGCAUGGGCGAUGUAGCUGGAGAGAAGACCAUGUUAACUGAGUCUUGUGUAGCCCAAUAGCCUUAGCAGAAAUGUGUGUAACAAGUAGGUAAGCUUAAAGGAUCACUAUAGGGUCAGGAACACAAACAUGUAUUCCUGACCCUGUAGUGUUAAAACCACCAUCUAGCCCCCCUGGGCCCCUCAUGCCUCCAUAAAUCUAGUAAAAAUCUUACUGUAUUCAAGCUUGAAGCUGUAACUCUGCAUGCUGUUAUACUCAGAAAAACAAGCAGUGUGCUGACAUCAUCAGAAGUGGUAGCCUGAUCCAAUCACAAUGCUUCCCCAUAGGAUUGGCUGAGACUGACAAAGAGGCAGAUCAGGGGCAGAGCCAGCAUGAUUCAAACACAGCCCUGGCCAAUCAGCAUCUCCUCAUAGAGAUGAAUUAAAUCAAUGAAUUUCUAUGAGCAAAGUUCAGCGUCUGCAUGCAGAGGGAAGAGACACUGAAUGUUUGGAUGCAUUUUAGGCAGCCAUGACCCAGGAAGGAUCUCUAACAGCUAUCUGGGGAGUGGCCAGUGAAGUUAUCACUAGGCUGUAAUAUAAACAAGGCGUUUUCUCUGAAAAGACAGUGUUUACAGCAAAAAGCCUGAAGGGAAAUAUUCUACUCACAAGAACAAAUUCAAUAAGCUGUAAUUGUUCUGGUGACUAUAUAAUGUCCCUUUAAGAGCCAGGCGCACCAAUGUGGACCAGAAUAGGCCCCACCAGUUCAAAAUGGCGGUGGUAACAAGCACAAUCUUGAAGUUCACCACUUCAAGCCAGGAGAUUGGCUGCUUUUCCUGUGACUGCUUCUUCUCUGAGCUCACCAGGCAGACUAUGCCGCAAUCCAUCAAUUUACUCUCUCUCCUUUCGGGGUAGCUGCAAUUAGACUUUAGUCUGCUCCCAAUUGGGCAUCAGACGUGCCUACAUUACUGCAACAUCAGCUAGAUUUCAAUAUUAUAAUCAAGCUCCCCUUCAUUGGCUAAAUAGAUCUGAACCAAGUCCACUAUCGAUCAGUAAAUCAAUUUUUUGCCUUUUCUCUGAUACACAUUUUGUAAUUGACAGUCUUUAUAAUCCCUUCUGUUGUAACAGAAGUGAUGCAAGACUUAGUAAGGACUAAAUCUAAGACGGAAUGUGUUCUACUAACUUAACUAUAUAUUUUGAGCAUCAAAAUAUUGGAAUAUUCUUACUUGAUAUAUGUAGUUUGCAUAGUAUUUCUAUUAACUGCCACUUGGUUAUACUUGUCUAUGGAAUAUUACAGAGGCAUAAAGCAUAGCCUGGCCUAUCUAUUAAGAAGUACUAAUUAAAGGGACACUAUAGGCACUACAAUUUAUUGUUGUACUUCUGAGCCAUAGAGAUUGUACCUGCAGCCUUACGUGAGAAAAGGCAGUGUUUACACUGUUGCCUAAUUGACAGCCUCUAGGUCAGGCUUCCCCAAACUCCGGCCCUCCAUAUGUUGCUGAACUACAACUCCCAUGAUUCUCAGCCUAUAUAUUUCAUCCAUAGUAUCAUGUGAGUUGUAGUUCAGCAACAUCUGGAGGGUGGGAGUUUGGGGAAGCCUGCUCUAGGGGGACUUUCUGGGUUCGGUCCUUGAAAGAUUGCAGGACCAACAUUCCCUAUGAGGAAACAUUGGAUUCUUUUAGGAUAACAAUCUCAGUCAGGGAAUGGAGGCCACGGCACCACAGCCAGACCCAAGUAGACCUAUAUAUACAUACAUACAUACAUACAUACAUACAUACAUACAUACAUACAUAUACAGGAAUCGACAAAUCCCAAACGCCUGGUCGCUGUGGUGACUAAGAAACUUGUCCUGGGAUUUGUAAACCCGUUCAAACCCCAACAUGACAGGCUGUCUGCGAUCACAGGUGGGCAGGCGGUUCAUGGACAACUGAAGGAGGCUGUGCUUUUCCUGCUCUGCUCCUCCGCGCGCCCUUUAGUGAUGCCGGGUUAUUAUGUCACUCUGGCCACGGCAUCAUUAAACAGUGCACAAGGGAGCAGAGGAGGAAGAUGACAACAGCCCCAAAGAUAGGGAGGCUGGUGGAUUUAAACUAAAACAAAGAAAAUAAUAAUUUGUGACUGUAUGUGAAAAUGUGUGUGAGUUUUGUAGUGUCAACGUGUGUGGAUCAAAUCUAUCAAAUCAAUUUGCCACUGUGUCUGUUUAGGUGACCUUUUCAAGAUCAGAGACCACAUGGGUUUUCUUCAGGGAGAUCAUGCCAAACUAAUUUUAUUUAUUUUUGUUUUGAUUGGGUAACUAAACAAAUGGGUCAGGAUGGUGCAGAAGACAUUGCUUACCUAGAUUUCAGUAAGGCAUUUGACACUGUUGCACAUUGAAGGCUUAUCAAUAAACUGCAAUCUUUAAGUUGUGAUUUCAAUAUUGUUGAAUGGGUAAGGCAGUGUCUGAGUGACAGGCAACAGAGGGCUGUAGUCAAUGGACCAAAGCAGUAGGUAAUGUUAGCAGAAUGCUUGGUUUCAUAGAGAGAAGUAUUAGCAGUAGAAAGAGGGAAGUGUUCAUGCCAUUGUACAAAACACUGGUGAGUCCUCACUUGGAGUAUUGCAGGAUAAAACUUACAAGGAAAGGUUAAAAAAAUCUUAACAUGUAUAGCUUGGAGGAAAGACGAGACAGGGGGAUAUGAUAGAAACAUUUAAAUACUUAAAGGGAGUCAACACAGUAAAGGAGGAGACUAUAUUUAAAAGAAGAAAAACUACCACAACAAGAGGACAUAGACUUAAAUAAGAGAGGCAAAGGUUUAAAAAUAAUUUCAGGAAGUAUUACUUUACUGAGAGGGUAAACAAAUCCUCCUCGAAUCCUGUGCUGGUCUCGUCGCGGCUGUCAUCACCUCCAUGGCUGAGAUCCUCAAUCUUGACAAUCUCGGCCAAUCGAAUGCUUCCCCCUAGGAAAGCAUUGGUAGACUAUUGCACGACAUAAUGCCACACUGUGCCAAUCAACAUCUCCUCAUAGAGAUGCAUUGUACCAAUGCAUCCCUAUGGAGAGCAUAAACGUCUCCUUGAAGAGCAUGGAGAUGCUGAAGACUGGUGCUGGAUUACAAAAAAGGUGUGGAAGGAUGACCUCAAGGAAACUCAGGCCAAAAUGGGCACCAUCCAAAAGAGGCUGGAUGCUGUUGAAGCGAGGUGCACAGAGAGAGACAACCAGCUGACAGAAACAAAAAGUCAGAUCGAAAACUAUUCUAUCAGGUUUAAAGGCUGACAAGAUCUAUCACUGUGUUGGAAUCCAGACACAAAAGAAAAAACAUCCGUCCUAGAGGAAUUUCGGAGAGGAUCAUGGGUAAGGACUGGCUACCUUAUGCCCAGAGGCUGGUGACCACAAAGGGAGAACUGACCCUUCGAGGGUGAUGUCGGCAUUCAGAGUCCAUAAAGCAGCUGCAGCCCCACAAGGAGCCCCCAGAGACACUAUUAUUGUCAUGAAAGAUGACACCACAAGGUCUGCUAUUAGAGCCCUAGGGACUGUAUAAUAUGAGGGCUGCUCAAUGGCCUUCUAUGGAGACCUCCCGUUUACAGUACUCACAGAAAGGAAACGACUGGCUCUAGUUGCCAGGAAACUGCGGGACAAACUCUGUCAAGUACCGCUGGGGCAUGGAGGGCUUGAUCAUAGUCACAAACUGCAUGUAUGACCCAGAGUAAUUUCUGAGAAAGCUUGACUUGGCUUGUUCAUAGCCUUUCUGCUCCAUUUAGUCUUUACUGCAGAACCAAUCUAUAUGCGUUAAUCACUCCUCAUAACUGCAGAAUGAUAGUUUUUCCUUUGUUUUAAAUGCAUAGAUGUGUCUUAAGUUGUCCUUCUAUAUGUGUUUUUUUUAUAUUUUAUUGCACCUUCUCUUAUAUUGAUCUGGAAAUAUAAUUGGUACAUAAAACUAGAAAAAGCAACCCAAUUUCUACACAAAUGUGUUCUAGCUGAAUGUGCUGCUUGCAAUCACCCUCCUAUCACUCUCAGGAGCCAGUAUAUGCUUUGUUUUUAGAGAUAGAAGUGUGAUGACAGUAAUCUCACUCCAAUCACUCUAUUAGCCAGCCCAGUACAUUAAAGUAGAUUAUGCACUGUCUCACGUCCCUGACUUCAGCUGAGCUCUACAUGCUGAGAUCACAGACGAGCAACGUGAGAUUGCGUCAUGAGGCCUCAUUGUCUGGCGGCUGUAGUUUUCAGAUGCGGAAGGCGGCGUGUGGUAAAUGGGAAAGGUAAAUUAUCCGUAAUCUCUGUAAAUUAUAAGACUAUAAGAACAAAUAUAUUGUCUAAUAAUUGGCUGAACCCAAUAUUCAGUCUAUCCCUAGUAUAAAGGCAUUAAAUACUUAGAAUCUGUUUAAAAUGUUUAUAGUUUAAACAGUUGUCUUCUGGGGGGGUGGAGCCAAGCAACUGACCAGCCCAGACGUGCCGGGCAAGAGCUCCCACGCCUGGGAACUAAAAACUGGGCCAUCGCGAAAAUCGGAACCGGUAGAGGCUACCGCAUCAAAUGGUUCCUCUCUCGAGCCUCAACUCAGCCUAACAGAUGGGCCGAGGUUUGCGGCCUACUGGACUCUGAGCCACGGAGAGACAGCCGCUCUCCGGGCACAAAAGCGAACCGUGGGAACCCAGUGAAUCACCUUCUUCUACCCCUGGACCAGUGGGGGUUAUCCUUGUCCGUACAACCAGCUACAAGGUACCCCUGGGAGCACUGCAGGCAAGCGGAGACCACAAGGCCUACUCAAAAUGGCCAACGGUGGCAUUACUCACCCAGACCGACGAAAUCCCAGUGACUGGGAAGCAGACGUCCACGCCAGUUUUGAGGACGUCUGCAGUCAGUUCUGGACACGCCUGGAACAGAGACACAGGCCCAUACCACCAGGCCGCAUAAAGAACAACGCCUUACCAGAGGGGAGAGCUCCAAACAGCGCAAAUACGGAGUGCGGCACACGAGGACCCACCCAGGUACAGCUCCCAAAAUAGGCCCACCUGACAUCAGAGCUGCAAGGGGUGCAACCUACCCACGCCGGCGGAGGUGCCUGUGGAAGCCCGGGAAUGCGUCCCGACGUAACCACACGCCAAGACACCAGCCACAGAUGCGACAAGCCCGGGGCAAGCAGGAGAGCAGGUGCAGCAACAGCCCGGACAUGCUACUGGGGAGCCCCCCUGGAAACAGAGCUCCGCUCCAAACGCGCAGUCCCGGCCUCCAGAACGGGGAUCGGCUAGGUGCAAGUGGACUGCCUCACCAACCGGCUUUCAGCCAAAGCCCACGCUCUUGAUAUCUGCCCAGAUGUCACCUUACCUGUCACCUCACCUUCCCUUUGCUGGCAGACUUCUGCACCCAUCAAACAUGGACUCAGAGACUAUCCUAACAAUUUUUACAUAUAAUUCACAGUGAGUUCCUAACUUUGGGCAAUAGGCCUCUACUACUCAGACAUAGUUGAAUAAGCUUGUUUUAUUGCCCAAUACUGCACCACUGGUUGGUACCAACCUAGCAUGAUACACUCAGACAUGCCACUUAGGCAUAAUGUUAGCUUAUUUCCUACAGCUCAAACCGUGUUUAGUACCCCAGCUCCCCACAUAUUUCCUAUAAUCUAAAAUAGUACAGCACAUGUGACACUCUAAACUAAGCUUAUGACAAAACUGUGUGUAUUUUUCUGCACUACAAAAUAAAGAAUUUAAAAAAAUAAAAUAGUUGUCGUCUACUAUUGUUUUGUGAAAAUGCACAGGUAAUAACAUCCACUGCUCAUUAAGUACUGUCCCUCGCUCUUUCCAAUUGGCGGAAAAAAAGAAUUAACUCAUUUCAUGUAUUUCAGGUGUUGUGUCAUUAUCAUGGUAUCCGCCAGGAAUGAGUGAUGACAAUGGCGAACCAUGGGAUGACUUGGUGCCAGUGAUUUUAGACGCAGCACACAAGUAUGAACUAAAGGUUAGUGUUUUUUCCUAUAUUGCUUUUGGAAAUAAAAAAAAAAAAAAAAAGUUUAUACCUAUAUUGAUAAUCAUUACAACAAUUAUUACUUCUGAUAUUAAAGAUCAUCUUAGAGCCAAACCUUUGUAAAAUAAUACAAGUUCUCUUGCUAGUGCAUGACCACAUCUAUAUUUCCCUGUUGUCUCUAAAAUUGUCUUAAGCCAUCUUAAUGGACUAAGGUCCUUAUAAAUAACUAAAUGUGUAAUGUGACUCAAAUUUCUCUUGGUGAGUAAAAAUUCAGUGCUGGUGAAUGCACCAUGUUCCCUUCAGGGAACUUCUCAUAUUGUCUAGUAGCAUAGGACAUGGCAUUUUGAGCUCUGUUUAAAGAAUCAGCAUACUAUUCAAUAAUCCAUUAAGAAAGGGCUUAACACAGAGCCUGACAAAUUUGCUUUGAAGCUAGAAGGGGGGGUGGGCGGAGACCCCGCAACAUCACCCACAAAGGCAGAGGUCUUACGGCGACAAGCUGCUCAACAACAUCAAAACCUUUGGUUUCCUCUCACAGGGGCAAGGCUUGGUUACUAUGGGCUCCCAAGUUUGUGGUUCACAUAUGUCAGCCUGCCAUCUGGCCUGGGGCUGGAGGAGUAACCCUCGUCACAUUCAAGUUGCCAUCGCUUCCUGCACUCUCGGUAUGCCUACCUAAGGCUUCCUGGCUAUGGAAUGGGCUGAAUGAUUACCCACCCUCCAGGGCAGCUCCACCGUGCACAUACUGGUACUCACCCACAAGCAGAGACAACCCUUCUGCCAAUUAUAGGCUUGAUUAGCUGUUUUGUAUUAUAUGAUUAUUUUGUUUUACUCUUUUUUGUUUUUGUUUUUUUGUUUAGCUCUUACCAUACAUCGAAAGAUGCAACCGUGUUUGCUUCAGUCAUCCUCCAGUGGUUUUCAGCUUUCACAUUAUCCAACCUAUUUGUUAGUCUGAGUAUCUAAACCUACUAUCUAAGAAACGCAUGGCCAUCACUCAAAUGGCCACUAAAGUGUUUCUUAUCCUACAUGUAGCGUCUCCAAGUUCUGCAUUGAGGCGCUGAACAUUCCCUAUAGAGAUGCAUUGAUUGCAGUGAUGCCGAGAGCUGGGUUAUGUCACUCCGGCUCACUAAACAGUGCAUGUGAGUGAGAUGAGCAGGGAGAUGACAGCAGCCCCACUGGACCCCAGGGAAAGCUUAUCCAAUCAAGCUCUCCAAAGAUAAGGAGCCUGGGGGGGAUUGAAAUUAAAAUAAAAAAGUAAUUAUUUUUGUGUGUGUCUCUGUCUGUGUGAGUAUAUGUGGGUUUUUGCCUGUGAGUGUGUUUGUGUCUGUGGGUAGGCCCUGACUGCCAAGGGCAGAGGCCGACGUGGAGAUCAAGCCAGAGAGCUGGAAUCUACUGCUUAACUCUGUUAAUUCACCUGAACUAAACCCUGCAAUACAGGUCUAAUGUUUUGGCUGAGAAUGUCAGCUGACCCUCUUCUAAACGAUCAACUUAAUUUAUCUGAUUAUGUGUAUAGUCUUAAUUGCUUAUGUUACAUUUAUACAUUUUUAGGUUACAUUCCACAUUGAGCCAUACCAAAGUCGAGAUGACCGCAGUUUGCGAAGUAAUGUGGUCUACAUUAUUGAUAAGUAAGUUAUUUUUCAAAGUUUCAUGUUAAAUUUCCAUUUCAUUCUAUCAAAUAUUUAUCUUUGAGCCUAGGAGGGUCAUCCCUUUCCCCUGAAGCGGAGGAAACCUGAGUUCAUACUCUGUUUAUCACUAGAGUAUUUCAGCUGUUGUUGGACUAUAACCCCUAAUAUUCUCUAAUAUACUCUAUUGGCUAAUAAAACCAUCUGUAAGGUGCAUCCAGUAUUGGGUUGUUUUUGUUUUUUUUUGUUUUUUUUUUUAAUAAUAGUUGUUGCUAUCUUGCAAAUUAUAGCUAUCAGAUUGCCUGUUUGCUGGAAUUGAAUAAACACAUGAAGUAAUUCUUUGAUUUGACCUUUGGAUUUCAUGUAGCAAAUACACAAGGACAGCUUUGGGAAUUUUCCAUUUAGAGCUUGGUGAAUAACUCAUCUAUUUGUUCAACCUUAAAAAAAAUUAAAAAAUGAGUUAUUAAAAAAAAAAACAUCUUACCCUUCUUGCGAGUGAGACUUCUGGGAGUUAUAAGUCUUUAUUGCAGAUAUGUUUCCAAAAACCAAUGUCCUUCAUAAAAUACAUUUUCAUAUAUAGCCUAUGGAAUUAUUACUGAUAUAUAAUAAGGUAUAAUGAAAAAUGUGAAAACUGGAAUCAAAAACUCAGGGAACAUUUACAAAAGUUGCCAUCAUUUGAAACAAACCUACCCUACAAUUGUUUACAAUUAGUAUUGUGAUGGGACCAGUUAUCUUGGAAAUUGCCAAUAAUGUCACUAUAAAUUAUUAAAUUACAAUUUUACAAAAGAAGAAAUGUGGCUAGGGCUGCAUAAACAGAAACAAAGUGAUUUAACUCCUAAAUGGCAGUAAAUUGAGCAGUGAAAUUGCAGGGGAAUGAUCUAUACACUAAAAUAGCUUUAUUUAGCUAAAGUAAUUUAGGUGACUAUAGUGUUCCUUUAAGGAAUUACACUGCUCCCUAAUACAUUAUGGCUCAAACCAAUAUGAUAACUUAUAUAAUCCUUGUUGUGACGUAGAUAUUUACUUUUUUUCUUAUUUUAUCUUUUCCCCCUUCUAGAUAUGGAAGCCACCCAGCAUUUUAUCAUUCUAAAACCAGCACAGGCAGAACUUUACCAAUGUUCUAUAUUUAUGACUCGUAUAUAACUAGCCCUGAUACCUGGGCCAAUCUUUUGACACUGUCCGGGUCCCAGAGUAUUCGAAAUACCCCAUAUGAUGGUAUUUUUAUUGCCUUGCUUGUUGAAGAAAAACAUAAAUAUGAUAUCCACAGAAGUGGUUUUGACGGUCUUUACACUUACUUUGCAACAAAUGGUUUUUCAUUUGGAUCUUCACAUCAUCACUGGUCAAGUUUAAAAACUUUCUGUGACACCAACAACUUAAUAUUUAUUCCAAGUGUUGGACCUGGAUACAUAGAUACCAGCAUUCGUCCAUGGAAUUUUCAGAAUACGAGAAAUCGAAUCAAUGGGAAAUACUAUGAAACUGCUCUAAAUGCAGCUUUGAUGGUUCGACCUAGUAUUAUUUCCAUCACUUCCUUUAAUGAAUGGCAUGAAGGAACCCAAAUUGAAGCAGCUAUACCGAAAAAGAAUGGUCUUGUUAAAUAUGAGGAUUACUUGCCAUAUAAGCCAAAUAUGUACCUGCAGCUCACUAGAAAAUGGUCUGAAAAAUUUGUGAAGGAAAAAGAACAAUGGCUAGUCUAAUACAGGCUGUAUAUAUUACCUUGUAAGAAGCAACCAAUCUUUUGUGUGUUAAAACAUAACUCUUAAAGAUAAGACAAUCUAGAGUAAUGGUGAUUCAAAGAGAUCCUAUUAAUCACCCUAGGCCUGAACAUAAAAUUUUCAAAUUUUCAGAUGUAUGUAGACGGAUGCUAAAAGAAAACAUAGAUUCCAAAAAUAUGAAUACUAGUGUGAAUUUACCCUGUUCUAUAAAAGAAAAAAAACAGACUUAUUUUUCAAUUAAUAUUCUUCAGUCAGAAAAAUCGUACUCUACCAGCCACCAAUAAAGAAACAGGAUGGAUAUGACCAAUAUUGUUUGGGGGCCUAUAACUUUAUUUAAUAUGUUUAAGACAUACAGUGCUAGAAACUGUAGCAAGAGCUCUUAGUUAAUGCAUUCAGCAUUGAAAUAAAAUUUUCUGAAAUUCAUAGAAUGUUAGAGAUAAGAGAAUGGCAGGGCAUGAAGGGGAGAUCUAGAAACCUUAACACACAUUGUUUUGAAUGGGGUAACUAAUCACAAUCAAUCGAAUGGAGCUCAGUCCAAUCCACUGAAGAAGUGCUGUCUGUUCCUAAAAUGGUAACAUGUAAACCUACUAGCUAUGGGAUGACCCAUUUUAUUAUUUAUUUUUUGUAAAUAUAUGAAGCAGCUUUUUGUUUUUAAAUAUCCAAAAAAAUAAAAACCCUAAAACCACAUUCCUACACUUGCUGAAAAUCCACAUGCUAAGCCACAUCUUAAGUGAGCUAUAGCCAAACCAUUUUGCUAUGAUCCUAUGUACAGUGGUAUUUAUGAAGGGAAAAAAGGAAACUCUACAGAUCCCACCUUUAUGGGAUGUGAAUGUCUGGAGUGCUAUUUUAUCUUAAAGUUGUCCAGUUAACUUCCAUAUAGUUAAAUUCUCAUGACAAAUGCAUCUUCCAUGUUCAAGAGUCCAAUAGCAGUGAGCUUGGAACCAAUCCAGAUGAUUCUUGGUGUUGUACGUAGUAAUAAUCGGCAUAUGCAACAGCCUGGCUAUGGAAACCAAUUUCAGAAAGCUCCCAUAAAACCGUUCCUUUUCCAGAUGACGUACGCAGAUGAUUUUUAGACUGAGUUACUCAUAGACAUUUCCAGUGCACAAUUGCGUCAGUUAGCUGACUGCGUAAUGCUAGAAAAAUAUAAAUGUAAUUGUUUUUUGGUGUCACAUAAGUAACCAAGAUGUGCAGAAUGGGCCAUUUCUACGGCGAUUUAUAUAGAUGUUCUUUGUUUUGUACACCUACAGGAAUGGGUGCAACUGAAAAAUCUGAAUAUGUUAGAGGUGACACUUAAGUUCACAUAUGUUUUUAACUAUAAAGUAUAAAUUAUUGUCAAAAGGAUUUAUAUCUUAAAACCAGAACCAUUACUCAUCAGGAUAAGUAAAACAAAAUUAUGUCUGUUAACUGUUACUGUAGUUCCACAUAUGCCCCUAAUAAAUUCUGCAUUAGACAAAAAGCCAAUUAGUACUUAAUGGCAAAAAUGCUAUUUGUUUUCUUCAUAUAUUCAUUGAUAAUCUAGAUGAUGGGCUUUUUCUUAGGCUAUCAAAAAAAAAUGAAUUUUUUUUUUUAAGUCUUAAAUGAACACUAUAGUGACAGAAAUACAAACAUGAAUUAAAUGUGUAUGCCUAGAGUGCCACUUUAUCUCAAAGUUGCCCAUUUAACACAUCCACAUACUGAAGUGGCUGUUUAGGUUAGUAGUCUCCCUUUGCUAGCAGUAAAACUGCAGCACUACACUAGGAAGCACCGCUAGAGGCUAUCUGAGCGACUUACCCUAGAGGUGUUACUAGGUACUUUUUCUCUGAUAAGACAGUAUUUGCUGUGUUACCACUGCCUUUUUUUUUUUUCGCCCCAAUGAGAACAUUCAUGCAUUUAUUGUUGUUUAUUUUUUUUUCAGUUUGUGUCUGUCUAAUCACAGAUUUCCCCAAUGCAGCUCAUUAAGAAGUCUAUGCAAUUGCUAGCCUCUUGGGUUUAGCUCCAAUGAAGUAACAGGAUGUUUCAUCGCAUAGACUGCCAGGGGACUGUAACAAGGUUGAGAUUUAAAUGUACUAAUUCCUAUUGAACUGUGCACAUUUUGAAAAAUAAGAGAACACACAUAAAGCACUUUAGCCAGAAAAACUCCUUUAUGUGUUUGCAUGUAUCUAAGAUGAAUUGUCACUAACAAAACCAUUUUUUCCCUUUCCUCUGUAAAUGCAAUUGAAGUGGAUACUGGGAUGAGUUAUCAGUUGAGAAGAGAAUAACACUCAUGUUUGCACUGGUUCAGAAUAUAGAUUGUAAAAUAUUCCUAUGAAGUUCAGUUUGUAAAAAUAUGUUUGGGCAUUUUCUUCCCAUAAUGACAGGCAUUAUGUGAAACCAGAGGCAUAUAUUGUGUGCCUGAUUUUCUCCUACUAACCUUGCAUAUGAUGUAAGCCAUAAUUGAAAAUAAACCUAGAACAAUAUUUUGUGGGGAAAAUAAAUGGCUUUUAUAAAAAUAAAAAAAAUCUCAGUUCUAGUGUAAUGUAAAAUGCAGAUUAUAUUUAUUAGUAUUGUAAAAUUUCUGAAAAUAUUUACAAAAUAGCAAUAGAAUAAUUACCUGGCUGUAAUUACAGUGUAUAGCAGACAUUCUGAUACAUAUUGCCCUGUUUUCAUUUAACUAAAACUCCAAAUUAGAGAGAAAGUCUAGCUAAUCCUGUUUGUCUAGUUUUAUAAAUUCUGGAGAUAUUUUAUUCCAGGUGACCAGCUAUUUAGGAGCAGUUCUCAUACUGCAAACCAAAAAUAGUGCUAGAUCAGUGGUGUAUUUUGGUAUUGUGCUGUCCUAGGCGUGAUUAAACUCGAUUACCCUCCUAAUCUAAAUUUUAUUCACCUCUCCCAAUUUAAGACACACCUUUUCUUCUGCAAACUCCACAUUUUCCUCUUAGAGCACCACCUCUUCCUCUCUGUACCUUAAAAGUGGAUAACAAGUGUCUAUAUUCAUUUUUUUAUUUUUUUACCAUUUUAUACUACUUUAGCCUUAGCGCACACACCAUUUACUCCAUACUUGCAUCAAUCAAUCGAUCAUGAAACUGAC